CAAAAUGGAGUAGCAUAUAUCCCUUGCUCUGCUAUCUCUGCCUUCUCGCAUCCCCAAAUAGCCAAUAAUCUUUUACGCACACUUUUCUUUUUUUUUUCCAAACUUGUUCUUCUGCACCAGCUGCGUUACUAUCUCAAGCAAAAACCACUCCGCGAAAGAGAUGAGCAACCGCUGUUCCCACACUUCCCAUAUCACCGCCAUCAUCAUCACCAGCUUCUUCCGCCACAAAUUCUGAACCCUUUUACCCCUUGUUUUUGUUUACCAACAUCUGUCACUGCAAAUGUCGGAUUCUUGAAUUCUGUAGUCUAUAACUUUGUUUUUUUGUUCUUGUCUGAAUGGGUGGCCGUGAUUUAUCUGUCGGCGGCGGCGCUCCUCUCAAUCUGAUGAAAUAUUGCGGCCAUGCUCGCCCUCUGGAUUCUGUGUUUGCGUCUGCUCCUUCAAAUUCGUUUCUUGGGCCGGGAGCGAUGGUGAGUUUUGGAGCUGUUGGCAGGGAUAAUGGAUCAGGAAACUCGUUCUAUCAAUCGUUUGAGAUGCAGGAGAACGGGGACGAAUACUUGGAUGACUAUUUUAGCCAACCGGAGAAGAAGAGGAGGCUCUCGGUGCAUCAAGUCCAGUUUCUCGAGAGAAGUUUUGACGUUGAGAACAAACUCGAGCCAGAGAGGAAACUUCAACUGGCAAACGAGCUUGGUCUGCAGCCUCGUCAGAUUGCAGUGUGGUUCCAGAACCGCAGGGCUCGUUGCAAGACAAAGCAUCUCGAAACAGAAUACGAGACGCUGCAUUCAAGCUACAAGACCUUGAAAAUGGACUAUGAUUACCUCCUUAAAGAAAAUGAGAAGCUAAAAGCUGAGGUGCUUCACCUCACACACGACGCGAUGGCUCAAGAUGUGGAGCACGUGAGCUCAGGAGAAUCGUACACUAAGGAACUAUCAGAAGCAAUGCCAACUUCUGCCAAUGAAGAGCAUAAAGGUUUUACGAAUGACGAGCAAAGCUCAACGAGAAGUGAUGCGGCCAAUGAAGACAGUCCCCGGUUGAGACAUCAUUCUCUGUUUGUCGAAUCAGGUGAGUCUUCUCAUGACUUUGAUCACAGUAAGUCUGUUUUAUCACUUCACGAAGAAGUUUGCUUGAACGAGGAAUUGCUACAGCGUGCUUAUGUCUUUCCUAAGACCGAAGAUGUGUAUUGUCACCCUCACGCGACUUCCUGUGGCUAUGGAUUUUCUGUCGAAGAUCACGCCUUCAAUUUCUGGUAGUAUUAAGUUCUUGUCUACGAACUUUUUGACUCUUUAUGUAUAAGUCUUUUGAGUAUUUGGUAGUAAGUAAUAAGUGAGUGUUGUAACAAAUCCAGGCUCCCUCAGUCAAUAGUCAGGCCAUGUCUAAAUGGCUUUAUGUGAAGAUAUAGGUUUGUUUCAAGCUUUUGUUGUUCUAUGUAGUAUCAUGUUUUAGUUACUACUUCAGUGAAAAAUAUGUGAAUGAUGUUGAUUGCUUGUUUGAGUCA